AGAGAGAAUGGAGGAAUUGCUCUGUGAUGCAGCUAUGAGAGGGGAUUUAGAAUCGCUACACAACAUCAUUGCAAAGGAUAAUUACAUUCUAGAUAAAGUUUUGGUGGGAAGUUUCAAAGGGAAAAAUCCGCUUCAUGUGGCUACAUCAACACAGCAAGCAGAAUUUGUUCUAAAACUUCUGGAAAUUAAACCAAAGCUUGCUGAAGUUAUAGAUGCGGAACUAGGCGCGGCGCUUCACAUAGCGUCUGCUAACGGGGACUUACAGAUUGUGGAAGCUUUAGUAAAGCUUAGCCCUGAGAUGUGCAUGGCUCGUGAUCGAGAUGGUUACAACCCUCUUCAUAUCGCUGCGAUGAAAGGCAAGGUCAACGUAUUGAAAAAGUUGAUUCAAACCUGCCCCCGUGCAACUCAAGUUAUUGUAGAUCGAGGCGACACCAUUUUGCACUUGUGUGUAAACUAUAAUCAGCUUGAGAGUCUCCGACUAUUGCUAGAGAUCGAGGUGAUUAGAGAUUCCAAAUUGGUACAAUCUAAGGAUGCCAAUGGCAAUACCAUAUUACACGUAGCUGUUUUGGGUAGGCGAUUUGAGAUUGUCGAAUAUGUACUUAACAGUACUGAAAUAAAUGUGAAUGCAAUAAAUGAAGCUGGAUGGAGUGUGUUGGAUAGUUAUUUCUUUGUGCAAAAUCAUCCACAUGGGGAAGACGUGGAUGAUUGUAUCGAAAACUUGCUACGUACAGCUGGGGCUAAGAGACAAAUCAAACACACAAUGUCUCCAAAGGGCGCCGAGGAUUUAGCGCAGACAUUAAGUGUUGUAUCAUCACUGUUUGCGACAAUGGCAUUUCAAGUAGGGGUGAACCCUCCGGGCGGUGUUUGGCAAGACGAUUCAGAAGAACACCCAGCCGGAAAAGCUAUCCUCGCUUAUAAAUAUCCGAAAUCAUAUUCGUGCUUUGUGUAUUUCAACACGUUAGGAUUCCUUCUGUCUGUGUUUAUAAUCAUAGGGCUCCAAGUCUUUCGUGUCCCAAGGCGAAGUGGUUCUCGGGUGUGGUUUCUUCCCAUGACAUCAUUGUUUACGAUCAUGACCACGCUGUUCGCUUAUACAUAUUCCAUCAUUGUUGUCUCACCGAAGCAUAUGGACAUAACCUAUACCAUUUUGGUUUUGGUGAUCGUGUGGGCCUUUUUUAUGUUACUUCUUCCCGUAGUGAUCUUGGUUGUGGAUAAGCGUGCGAGACAAAAGGACAGGGAAAAGAUUUCCAGAUCAGCUAGAGAUAGGCCGAGACUUCUUCCAAAUGCAGUUGGCGACAACGUGUCCAGUGUUUGA